GUCUUUCAGAUUUGUUUGCUACUGCUAUCUAAGACAUCAAGUGAAGAUACCUUGAGUAAAUUGACAUCAUUCUGGUUGACUGUGCUGUUAUGAUCUAGCAUGGUUGGUAAAGUGACACCCCCGGCGCCGGUCCGCUGGCGGUUUCGGGAGCCGCCACGCGGCCUCACUCCCGACCAGUAUCUCCGCUGCCCUGCCGACGAUCCCAAACAAUGCGCUCAUGGCACCUUCUGUGUGCGCGCGCACGGUCAGGAAGAGCUGAACGAAUGGGUGGAGAGAUUCGACCCCCGCCAGCUACUGGCCUCGCUGGGAAGGGGUGCGAUACAGGCGCGAGUGGAGUCGGACUGGCGCGCCGGCGCCGUGCUCCCCGAGUGCGCCCUCCUCGCCGUAUCCCCGCCUGCCGGCUCCAUGACGGCACGCAAAGACGAGCGCGUCGAAUGGCGAGUGGCGGUCACAGCUGGCUCCCUACCGGAGGGUAUGGGUCUGCUGGAUACCGGCACCCGUCCGCUGUUUCGGCUGGGGGAGCUGCGAUGCCCGGCGCUACUGCCUGAACCGAUUAAAGUGGACGCGAGGGAGUGGACGUGCCAAGAUAAGGAGUUGGUGGAAAGUUCCACGCGCACCGGAGCGCCGGUGCGUUUCGAGAUGACGGUGUCAUUCUCCGCGGACGUGUACGGCUCCUACCGCCAGCGACUUGCCCUGGUGUUCCCGCACCACGCGCCCCUGCUCUGCUGGCUGCAGGUCAAUGUGGCUCCCCUGCCCGUGGAUACACUGGUGGAGGAACUGAGGGGGAAGCUGACCAUCUCCGAGCACGGCUGGACUGAGGAGGACGCCGAGGUGGUCCCGUUCUCUCCGGACCCCAGUCCGCCGGAUGAGCAGGACAGGAGUGUGCAGGAGGCCUACCCUGCGCCCUCCGCCGACCUGGCUCCGCCGGCGGACCGAAGUCCGCUCAGUGCGGAAAACUACGCGGAAUGGAGCGGAACACUGCUCAAACUGGAGGAGGCAGCGCGAACCCAGCUGCUGCACACGUUCAAUGUGACCGGACAGCUACGGCUGAUGGGGCACUUUGUGGUGCCGCCAGAGACCACCAUCCACCACGUCCGCACGGGUGAGCUGUUCGCCCGUCUACACACGGAGCAGGAGCUGUCAGCAGACACGGCCGCCGGACGACUGAUUCUGGACAACUGUGAGCGCGCGCUGCUGGCGCCCGUCACCAAGAACCCGACUGAGCCCACAAAGCGAAAGGUGUACGAGGUCCUGAUAGCUGCCAAGGCCAAGAAUGACAUCUACCUUCGGCUGCCGAGCCAGAUGGUCUCAGACCUAUCCCUGAACGACGAUGACGACGCCAUGCUGCGGGCCGCCGUGCGGUUCCUGCCCAGUCGCCAGUGGUCGUGUGACAUGCAAGAGGGGUGUCGAAUGGCGGCCGAGAAGGCGCCCCACCUGCUGUUCCCUGAUACCGCUCAGAGGCCGACCAUACCGUGGAACCCGGCCAGUCACUGGCGCCCCGAAGACGAGAAACUGAACCCGCGUCAGAAGGAGGCCAUCAACGCCAUGACGGUCACAGUGCCGCAGCCGCUGCCGCCCGUGCUCGUACUCGGUCCGUACGGCACGGGUAAGACCUACACCAUGGCGCACGGCGUCAAACACAUUCUGAACGGGAGCGAGGACUCGAGGAUCCUCAUCUGCACCCACAGCAACAGCGCUGCCGAUCUCUACAUCCGAGAGUAUCUGGCCGGGUACGUGAAGGGCGGCAUGGAGUCGGCCCGUCCGCUGCGGGUCUACUACCGACGCAGGAGGCUGGGAACAGUGCACUACACCGUCCGACCGUUCACGCUGCGGGAGGACUCUGACGCUGACGACGACGUGGUGUUCCGUCAUCCCACCACUGAGGACAUACUGCGACACCGGGUCAUCGUCUGCACGCUGGCCGUCUCAAAGUACCUAACGUGGCUGGACCUGCCUGAGGACACCUUCAGCCACAUUCUGGUGGACGAGGCUGCUCAGGCUCUGGAGUGGGAGGCGGCCCGGGUCCUCUCCCUGGCUGGACCACAGACCAGGCUGGUCCUGGCUGGGGACCACCUGCAGCUGUCACCGGACGUCUACUCUGAAGUGUGUCGGGAGCGGCGGUUUGAGCGGUCCCUUCUGGAGCGUCUUCAGGAACGUUACGGCUCCGACUUCCCCUGUGCCAUCACACUGCAUGAGAACUACCGUUCGCACUCCGACAUCGUGAAGAUGACCUCGGAGCUGUUCUACGGCCGUCGUCUGAAGAGCCGCGCCCAUCCGGGCCGCCACCCCGAAUGGCCGCCCGUGUCGGUGUUCAGCGCACGAGGCACCGCCCGCCAGACCAGCGGAGACACCGGCUAUUGUAACGACGAGGAGGUGUACGAGGUAGCGGACCGGGUGGCGGCGCUCUGCCAGGACUGGCCCCCCGACUGGGGACCCCGAGACGAGGGCUCCGUCUGCGUGGUGGCGGCCUACGCCGAACAGGUUCAGAAGAUCCGAGGGGAGCUGCGAAACAGAAAACUGCCCGGAGUUACCGUUGAGAGACUGCUCAACGUGCAGGGUAAGGAGUUCCGCGCCGUGUUCGUCUCGACAGUACGCACCCGCACCUCGUGCUCCGAACCGGACGGCGAUUACCGCUUCCUCUCGGACUGCAAACUGCUCAACACGGCUGUUACCCGGGCGCGCAGUCUGAUAGCCAUCGUGUGCUGCCCGGAGACGCUGUGCUCUGUGGGCGCCUGCUCCAGGUACUGGGAGGCGGUGGUGGGGUUCGCGGCCAAGAAGGGGGGUCUGUUCGGUACCACAGAGGCGGAGCUACGCUCCCAACUAGGAGCCAUCGAACUGUUCCGGCUGCACGGCCUGAACCCGCUGGCGCCCUGCUUCCGGCCGCAGCCGCAGCUGCAACCUGUGCAACAUCAGGUCCAGCAAGUGCAUCAGUUCCAGCAAGUACAGCAGCAAGUGCAGCAAGUACACCCAGUGCAGCUACCGCAGCCAACGCUGCCAGUACAGCAAGUGCAGCCUCAGCAGCCACAGUCAGCCCCACAACCUCCAAAGCCUCAGCCAAAACAAAAACACCCAAAGCCACAGCCCGCACAGCCACAGACGCCUCCACAGGCUCCAAAGUCACAGCCGCCGGCGGUGCAUCCUGUACAGCCGGUGGUACCCCCACCGGUGGUCCCGCUGCCAGUGGUGGCUCCGGCUCUGCAACUGGCCCAGCAGGGGCCCCUGCUGCCGUGGAUGCCGGCUCUGAACCCGGCCCAGGUGCGCUACGUGCCGCCCAUGGCCUUCAUGAGCCCCGGUCUGAUGCUGGGCCGACCUCUGAUGAUGGGUACUCCCCUACUCCCAUACGCGGCACCGGUGCCCCAUAUGCACCCCUCGUCCAAUGGACACAGGCCGGGACGGCGGCCGACGCGCCCGCCCCCGCCGCUGGCUGUGGCUGAGGAGGACGGGGUCCUGUUCGAACUGAUGUCGACAACGGAUAUGAUCGCGCUGCUGCCACCGGACGUGAACCUUCAGCUGCUGUUGGAGGACACGCGCGUCCAGCAGGAGUGGGCCGCCCACCUGGCCAGUCGCCGGGGUCCUGUGUUCGCGCAGCUCUUCUCCGUGCUUAUCAACCGGCUGAGGCCGGCAGCCAGCGGUGUGGUGAUCGAAGAGCGACCCGCCUCUCCGGUCUCAGCACGCUCCUCGCCCGUCUCAGGGUCCAGUGCCACCUCCCCCUCCUCCUCUGUACACCUAACAUCGGACAGAACCGUCCUACCGGCAGAAACGACUAACUCAGUCUCCGCGGGAGACUCUCCUUCAAGCUCUUCAGCUUCCUUUCCUUCAACCUCUUCAGUAGCUUCGGCUUCCUUUCCUACAACCUCAGUAGCUGCAGCGUCUCUACCAGCUCCUGUGUCUCCUAUAGCGUCCAUCCCUCCGUUUGGAUCCUCUACCAGCCCUGUGUCCCCCUCCUGUCUCCCCGCAGCCCCCGCCCCCGCCCAGACGCCGCCGCCGGUGGCCGCCCAGCUGGAUAGGAUCCUGGAGGAUCCGUCAGAGUCGGAUCCGGAUCCGAUGUGGUCACAGAGGCAUCUGACGGCAACUUCGAUGAUGACGAAUACGUCUGCCCCAAGAAGGGAGGCGUCUCCAGCGGACGUAAGAGCAAGAAGCACGCCUGAGCAGAGCCCCGCGCGACGCGAGGCCCCGGCCCCUCCAGUGCAGGCCGAGCCCCAGCAGCGCGUCUCCCUGCCGCUGUAUCUGCGUGGGGCCGCGUCUCCCCCGUCCCCUCCUCGACCGGCCGAUACUCGGAGCUAUGCGGCGGCGGUACGACGCAGUCUGGAGCCGCCCCCGCCGGGCCUGGCCGGUCUGCCCAGCCGCGAGCAGCAUGCACAUGGAUACAGCCAUUUCUAGCGACGUGGAGAUUUGGUUUGGCUUGGGAGGGAGGGUUAUUGGAGUUGGAAGAGUUGCAGAGGGAUAGUGGAAAGGAGGAGAGUUUAGAGUGUAUAGGGUUGAGGUGGAGGGUGGAGAACGGAACUUGAGGUUGUGUUGGAGGUUGAGUUGGCUGUUGAGUUGGAGCUGUUGAAGUUGGACCUUUGAUCUUGAGGUUGAGAUGGGCUUAGAGGUGGAGAAGCUUGCUUUUCACGCUACCCAAGCCACUCGUGAGUAAGUCGCUCAGACGAUGGACGUUGGACUGCUAAUGAGCCAAUCGCACACUCAUGAUGAUCGGACUAAGAGUUUGCCCUGCUCAAACGUUCUUUGUGUACCGUGGUACCUCGUGUUCCGUUGUGUUCUGGGUGUUCUAGACGGUGUUCUCGGUGUAUCAUAGUGUAUCAUAGUGUGUUGUGCUGUGUUGUGUGUUGUGUUUGUGUUGUCUGGCGGUGUACUGUGCUGUGCUGUGUGCUGUAAUUGUGCUGUGUUUGAAAUCUGCACGUGUUUGCUACACUUUACCAUGAGUUGUUCCAUUUACACGUGAGGAAUUUCAAUCAUGGGCGUGUUUUACAGUUUUAGCUUUGGUGACUGUCGCAUGAACGCAUUUGUAUCGGUGUUGUAUUCUUAGCUUAGUUUUUCUUCUUCUUGACUCUUCUCCGACAGUAAUUCAUCGGUUU